CAAGUCGUUAACUCGCCGCGCUGCUCACAGAUGUCGCGGAAAGCGCACUCGUCUGGCGGCUGCUGCGCAUCCCCCGGGCCUCAUGCUCUUAUUUACGGUUUGUUUAUAGUCGUGCAUCGUCACAUGGGCGCUCGGUGGGGCCAGGCGCGCUCCGGUUGCUCGUAAUUUAUCCGGACGGAGAGAGACCUCGGUGGUCGGACAGUGGGAAUAAGAAGGGUGUGAGGGCUGUUGGCGCAGUCCGCGGGACGGACUGCCGCGCUAGUUUGGCUCUCUCUCUCUCUCUCUCUCUCUCGCUCUGUGCCAUUUCUUCCCUCUGUUUCUCUCUCUCUCUUUUCUCUUUCUCUCGUCUUUUUCUCUCCCUCCCUCCUCUUCUUCCUCUCUGUCUCUUGUCUCUUUCUCUCGCUUUUUUCUCUCCCUCCCUCCUCUUCUUCCUCUCUGUCUCUCUCUCUUUCUUUCUCUCUCUUUCUCUCUCUCCCUCUCUCUCUCUCUGUCUCUCAUUAUCUCGUUAACCUCUACUCAUGCGCCUAUCCCUAUUGGUUGCUGUCAGUCACGUGGUAGUAUUCGGAGGCCAUAUAUGGAGUAAUGUGCAAGUGCUAGAGAGGUUAUCCUUCGACUAGUAUCCUAUAUAGUAGUGUCACCAUAAUUCAUCAUCACCAUCAUCGGGUGGAACAGUGUCGGACACCACCAGGAGCAGGAGCAGGACUGCUUCUUCCUUCCUUCCUUACUGCUGUCGUUUGCAGAGGAGCAGGAACGAAGGUCCUCAUCAUCACCAGCAGGGGCCUUACGUAGCCACCAGCACCACCACCAGCCACCACCACCAGCCACAACCACCAUGAGCUCCUACCAGUUCAUAAACUCUAUGUCGGCCUGCUAUGGCCAGCGGGGGCAGGACGUCAGUGGACUCAAUAACACAGACUAUUACGGUGCUGCCCUGAACAGCUACAACAACUGCUACUCGCCUCCCCUGCAGCAGUACGCAGGAUACACGCCGUCGGGCAUCUCGGCCGCGCCCAACGGCAGCGACUUUGCCACAGGUGGCAAUGGCGGGGCGUCCGUCACGUCGGCGGCCUCUUCGUCAGGAGGGGCGGCGGCGGCCGCCGCCGCCGCCGCCGCCGCGUCAGUAGGCACCCCGGGUGGUUCCGGCGGGAGCAGCACGCCAGCACCUUCCGCCCAGGGCCGCCUACAUCAGCCCUCCUCCACCUCGCCUGCCGCGACGCCACAGGCGUCCACCUCUUCCGCCUCAUGCAAGUUCGCCUCCACCCCGGAGUCUUCGGCGAAUCCCGUGGGAUCCCCACAGGACCUAUCUGUGUCGGCGGGAGGGUGCGGGCCCGGUUCCAGUAGCUCCGGAAGCGGCUCCGAACAGAACAGCUCUAGUCAGGGUGGUGGGGGCGGAACGAGCAAUUCGGGCGGAGGGGCCGGCGAAGGCACCGAAGGUGGAGAGAGCCUGGAAGGCGCCUCGGGAAGCUCUGGAGGAUCUUCGUCAGGGAAACCAACGCCACAGAUCUACCCCUGGAUGAAGAGAGUUCAUCUCGGCCAGAAUCAGAAGGAUCAAGCAGCCAAGGGUACGGUCAACUCGAACGGCGAGACGAAGAGACAACGAACCUCCUACACCAGGUACCAGACCUUGGAGCUCGAGAAGGAGUUCCACUUCAACCGAUACCUGACGAGGCGGCGGAGAAUAGAGAUCGCGCACGCGCUCUGCCUCACGGAACGCCAGAUCAAGAUCUGGUUCCAGAACCGCCGGAUGAAGUGGAAGAAGGAGCACAAGAUGGCCAGCAUGAACGCGGGCAUGGGCAUGCACCCGCAGGCCUACCACCAGAUGCACCACCAGAUGAUGCAUCCGCACCAUCUGCACCCUCAUCUCGCGGACUUCGAGCCCAAAAACUACUACUAGGGAGCCGCCUGGUCGUGGUAACUCAUAUGCAGAUGACGUAGACAGUGGGAGUGAAUGCCUUCGUCCAUCGCUAUGAGAUGCUGCGACUAGGGUGUACCGGUGGAUUCAAUCCGACCUGUCACUCACGGACCGUACCUGGACCACGCCUAUGGAACUUCUCGAACCAACAACAACUAUACAUUAUCCUAUCCUCCUUAACACCCCAUUCCCUUCCCUCCCUUCCCCCCCCCUUCAGUUCAUCCAAGAAGACUUGGGUGAAUUUAGGAGACGUAUGUUACCCUUUCCUAACCCUAUCCUUCCCAAAUUUCAUCCCCCAUCAGCCCGCCCCCUCCCCCCCCACCCUCUGCAUUCGCAAUGGGCGAAUUAAAACAAACCUUGUAUGGAGCCGAGCGUCUUUGGAGCCCCUCCUGAGAAGAAGGAGGAGGAGGACGACCUCGUCUCGACACCUCCGGCGAAGGGCGUCUGGCGACUUCGAGUCGAACUUGAAGGAGGAGGAGGAGGAGGACCCGUGCGCCGUACCCCCGAACGAAGAGGAGAUAUAUAUCUUUCCCCCCCUCCUUCGGCGGUAGGGGGCAUCGCCGAAGGACUGGAAGUCAAAAGCUCUCUCUUCUUCUUUUUUUUAAAUGUAUAUGAUACUUUUUUUUAAUUAUUAUUAUUAUUGAUUUUAGGGGGGGCCUUCGCUUGUGGACACCCGAAAACACUCAUAAGUGAAAUAGCUCGCAGCGAUUUUUGUCGAGAAGUGAUGAUGAUGCUGUAGAAAUGAUGCUCCUUCUUCAGGAGACUAUUAUGAUUUUCCCAAGUGAAUCGUUGUCGUGUUGGCAAGAUAGAUAGAUAUAUAGAUAGAUAGCAAGUGAGAGAAUCAUCAGUUUUUCUUGUGCCCAAGGACCUACUAUAUAUGUUAAGAGACUGGGCGCGCAUUUUCGUGAACCGGUGAUUGAAAAGGAACGAAGAAGAGGGAAAAAAAGAAGAAUAAAUACGGGGUGUCUGCUAUGGAGUGUGGAUUACAAGUCAUAAUACAGGCUGCACAUUCUUCAGUCAGCCAUGGAUCUAUUGUUUUUUCAUUAUUAUGAUUAUUAUUAUUAUUAUUAAUUAAUUAAUUUAGGAAGCAGACUUCGAGUGAAAACCGCGUAUUGUAUAGCGGGCCAGUGCUCUGUUCAACACCCCCCCCCCCCCCUUACCCAACCCCCUCUUUUUUUUUUCAGCUACAGAUACAGUCAUGAAUAUUGUAUCGCUGUAGCUGGAGACCGGAAGAGCAUGAAAACUGGACCAGAAAAAGGCGCCGCGGCCGAAUUCCGAACUCACUUCGAAAUUCCGGUCGAGUUGGAAUCGCAUCCCAGAUCUUGGAAGCAAAUCUGUAUAAAGUUUUGUUACUGAUAUACCGAAGUUCUUAGCUGCAAUGGCGUUUUAGUGGCUUUCUUCUCCCUCCUGCAAUUCGAGGUCAGAGUAGAGGAAAUAGAAAAUGCCUUAAUUAAAAAAAAUGUUGACUGUUCAUGGCUUAAGGAUGUUUCUUAACAUUUUUGUUUUUUUCAAUUACUGACGACUGUAAUAGUUUUUUUUCUCUGUUGGAUCAAAUAAUUAGUCUCGAAAAAAGAGUUUUUUUUUUUUUUUUUUUUUUUGCUUCUUGGUUGGAUCAGAUUAGUUUCGAGCAAAUGAGAUUUUUUUAUUUAUUUUAUUUCAUUUUUUUAAAAUAAACCUCUUCGAGGAAAUUGUACAGAUUUAUUAUAGAUUUCAGAGGCCAGGGGCCCUCAAGUCCAGCUGUAAUUCUGAAUUAUUAAUUCAGAAUUAUCAUGAAAAAAAAUUUACCCUUUUCGAAAAAUAAAAACAAACUAGAAUGUUUGCAAUGUUUUGCCAAAGUUGUGUGUGUGCGAUCCUGGAAUUAUGUUUGUUAACCAAUGUAUUGAUUAUUAUUUUAAUUAUUAUUAUUUUAUUAUUACUAUUAUUAUAAUUGUAACGAUCAGUUGUGAUCACUAUUUGUAAUUUAGAUUCUGUCUGUUGUUUUGUAUAAGUUCAUCUGCCCAAAAAAUUGUUGGCCUUUUGUUAUCUAGUAAGAUGAGAUUACUUUAUCGAUUGGAAGCUAUUUGGCGUUGCAAAACUGACAUAGCUGAGACGACCAGUUAAGUCACCGAUUCAGGAGGUGUUUAUUUGAGUCCAGAUGUGAAUUUUUUUUCAUUUCUCUAAAUAUUUCUCGUCAGUAGAAUUUUCAGAAUAUUCAGUUCAGUGUUGUCAACGAGAAUUACUAUACAAUAUACAUGUUCGACACUUCGUAUGAGACAAGCUCCGUCAGAUUUGAAAUGUUGGUCUUAUUUUCUUUUAUCUUUUUUUUUUAUCAAGGCCGUUGGAGAAGACACGAAUCUUCUUGCUUGACGAAGUUAGUCCAAAGUGUUUUCACUCGACGUUGUUUUGAUUUUUUAGACAGAAAGGAAAGACUGACGACUUACUUCUCUUUUCUAUGUAGCAAAACGGGGGAAGAAGAAAAACAUAGUAGUAUCUGUCGCUUUCUGAUCGGGCUGUAACCAAGACUGCGAGGAGCUCCUGGUCUGUUUGAAGUGAGUCUUAAGAGUCUAAAAAAAAUAUGCCUAAUAUUGCUGUACAUUGAGCGCUCAGUGCAAAAGAGGAACAUUUUAAAAUAAAAAAAAAAUUAAGAAACUUAAAAAAAAGCGUGAGGGAGAGUAAGAGUAACUGAGAGUAUUAAAUGUUUACAUGUGUGAUUGAGCCUAGGGGUUAAGAGGUGAAUGUUUUUUUUUUUCUGAGAGAGAGAGAGAGAGAGAGAGAGAGAGAGAGAGAGAGAGAGAGCGAGAGAGAAAGAGUGUGAGAGAGUGUAUACGAGCCUCAUUUUGUGCAAUGCUGUCCAUAUGGCUUUCUUCAAUGGUGUAAAAAGUUAUAGCAGUGAUACUAUAAUCACUGCCGUAGAUUGUUGCAUAGAACUAAGAGUACCGCGUUCCCUCUCCCUUCCUCCCUCCUAACCCCCCUUCCCUCCCCCUCUUUCCUUUCAUCCCUACCUUUACAUUCUCCUUUCUCUCUCUCCCUUUCUCUCUCUUCUGCCUCUCACCGUGGUCUUUUUCUCUAUCGCCCCUCCACAAUUUUCAUCUGUAAACUGACCUCUCUCUCUCUCUCCUCUCUCUCUCUCUCUCUCUCUCUCUCUCUCUCUUCUCCCUGGUGUUAUCAUCGUGAGUUAGUUGAACACAGCCAUCCCAGCAUUGGACUCACUUCUGAGCAUGUCUUAGGACAUGCCAGAUUUCUACAGCAUAGGUCAAACGAUCCUCCUUUAUUUUUGUUGUUGUUGUCAAAGUUUUACAUUUGCUUACCUUCAGUUUAUCUCGUGUUAUAAUGUCUUCUUCCCUUUUCGUUCAUUAUUAUUUUUUUUU